AUGGAAGCAAAAUGUCAUAAAAAUCACAUAUAUACUGAGCCUGCUUGUAAAAGAAACGAUUAUAUAAGCCGAUCAUGUGGAAUCUUAAGACUAAUAGGCAGGUAUAAGGUUGCUUUUCUUUUCUUCUUGACAAGAUUAAUACUAAUAAGCUGUGUAGUACCUAGGUUCUCAGAAUGUAUAAGAACCGAUAGAAUAAAUUCCCAAUUUCUCAGUAAAAUUAAAACAGAAAAUGUUAAUUCUUGUAAUAUUUGUAAAAUAGUCGAUAGUCCACUGGAAAGUUUUGGUAAACACUCAAGAUAUAAAAUGAGUAAACUGAGUAGAUUGAAACCGUAUUGUGCAAUCUCAAGAUUGAAAAGACUUAAUCGCAACUAUUUAUUUUUGGAAAAUUUGAGUAAAAUUAAAUUGAAUCGCAUAUUGAAAGCCUAUGAGCCACAAGGCCAAAACUACGGAUCGACGUAUCAGUCGAGUUAUACAGUUGGCCCACAGAGUUACGGGCCGAGUUACGGACCGGGUUAUGCACAGUCACCAGGUCCCAGAGAGGACUUUUACACGUUCGUGUCGAGUCAUUAUCGCAACAUGGGAGAGGACAUAGUGGAGUACCUGAACAGGAAGAAGAUAGAGUACACGGAGUCGCCUCUUAAGUACACGCUGAAGUUCUGCCCAUUCUGCCCACCUCACAGAUUUAAGUCGGACAACCUGUUCAAGCAUGAAAUAUUUAAAAAUUCAGGGAAUUCGUACUGCCACAGAUGCGGAUACAAAGGAAGUCUGUUCGAUUUUAAGGCGCACAUGGGUGACCUGCCAGGAGCAUUUGACCUGGCGUCAGACCCGAUCAGUAGCCCAUUCGGACAGAAAAAAAUGCCGAAGGACCCAGAAGUGACAAUAGAAGAUGUGAACAAGUUCGAAGAUAACCUGUACAAUAACCAGGAGUACAGAGUAGUGUACGAGUACCUGACGAAGACGAGAGGAAUAAAGCCGCAAGUGCUGAGAAAGUACCACGUGGGAGCAGGAACAUUUAAGUUCAAGUCAAUGACAGGAAAGCUGGAGCAGGAGAAGUGCGUAGUGUUUCCAUGGCUGAUGAGCCCAAACACAAGGUCAAGCGUCAUCGGAGGAGACAUAGAGAACAUGACUGGACAGUCAGAAGACCAGAGCGGGUCCGAAGUGUUUGACUACAACCAGGCAGGGUCGGAGAAGCUGAUAGUUAACAGAAUAAAAGUAAGAAGCAUAUACGACAAGGGGAAGAUGAAGAUACUGCCGCGAGGAGGAACUUGGGGAAUGUUCGGAGGGCACCUGAUCAAGGAGGCGCUGGAGAAGGACUCAAUAGUGCUCUCGGAAGGAGAGUUCGACGCAAUGAGCAUAUUCCAGGAAACAGGAAGAGUAGCAGCGUCACUGCCAAACGGAGCGAAUUCGCUGCCGCUGGCGCUGCUGCCGAAGCUGGAAAAGUUUAAUCAAAUUUACCUGUGGAUGGACUUUGACGCAGCAGGACAGUCGAGCAUAUCGCACUUCGCAAACAAACUGGGAAUACAGAGAGUGAAAGUAGUGCAUCCAAUAAACACACCAGCAACGACACAGGCAACGGGAGCAGCUGGGUUAGAUAAAACACAGGGAAGUAAAGGAAAGACGAAGUCAGCAGUUGAAAAGGGAGUGAAGGGCAAGGGGCAGGUCAGUACAGGAGGUGGAAACAGUGCGGAUGGCACUGCAGCAGAAGGGUCCACGGGAGCGUUUAUAACGAAGAGCAUGAAGGACGCAAACGAAGUGAUGCUGAGCAGGAGCGUGGACAUGGAAACGUACUUCAAAAACGCAACAGUGCUGAGCCACUCGCAGAUACUGAGUUUCAAUGACAUCAGGCAGCUGGUGUACAACGAGCUUAGUGACCCAAUAAGCACCUGCGGAAUCAAGAGCAUAACGAUGCCAGGGCUGUCUAACCUGCUGAAGGGACACAGGAGAGGAGAGUUGACGGUGUGGACAGGGUCAACAGGCUCAGGGAAGACGACGCUGCUGUCGCAGCUGUCCCUGGACUACUGCCUCCAGGGAGUGUCGACGCUCUGGGGGUCCUUUGAAAUCAACAACGUGAGGCUGGCGAAGACGAUGCUGAGGCAGUUUUCAGGGAGGAACCUUGAAAACAACUUAAACGAGUUCGACUACUACGCGAAUAAGUUCAACGAGUUGCCGCUGAGGUUCCUGAAGUUCCACGGAAGCACGAACAUUGACAUUGUUCUGGACGCAAUGGACUACGCAGUGUACGUGCACGACGUGCAGCACAUCAUCAUCGAUAACCUGCAGUUCAUGCUCUCAAACUACUCAACGCCGUCAGCAACGUCAGGUCACGGAGGAAGCGGGUACAGUAGCGUGAAGGACGUGUAUGAGUUGCAGAAUAGAACGAUUGAAAAGUUCAGAAGGUUCGUAACGAAUAAAAAUGUGCACCUGUCACUGGUGGUGCACCCGAGAAAGGAGGCAGAUGGAAUACAACUAGGCCUGUCGAGUGUGUUCGGGUCAGUGAAGAGCACGCAGGAGGCAGACAACGUAAUAAUACUGCAAAACAUACUGAAUGAGUCAAGGUGCAUUGACGUGAAGAAGAACAGGUUCGCAGGGCUGCUGGGCAGAGUGUACUUCAAGUUUGAUCCAGUCUCACUGACAGCACAAGAGUUUAAAGUAACGGAGUACUUGAAUGAAUACAUAACGAACGGCGGCAGUGGAGGUGGUAUGAGUAAAGUGUCGAAGGCUAAAGCUGGCGGUAAGGAGCAGUCAAAGAGUGAACUAGGAGCCAAGGGAAACUAUGAGUACAGAGACAAGGUGAUACUGAGUAACUAUAAAGUGGGACCAGGCGCAACUUCACCACCAAACAAGGAGUUUCCAACUAACUUAAACGCCGUACCAGCAAACAAUACGAGUAGCGGCAGCAGUGCAAAUGUAGGUACCGUAGUAACAGGAUCUAACAAAGGAACGAGUGCACCGAGGAUGAAUGCAACGGGUUCACCAACGUACACACAGACAGCAUCAGCAGGGUCACCAUCAACAUACACAACUACAUCAUCAGCAGGGUCAGCAUCGCAAGCAACAAGCAGUUAUAGGCCGUUUGUGGCAACAACAAUGAACAGCACAUCAAGUAGCGGAUCACCAUACAACAAUUACAGAGAGAGGGAAAGGAAUAACAUAGGAUUGGUUGGAAUAGACCUGUUGAACCUGAGUCCAGUGAGUCAGCAGAUAAACAAAAUUAUACAGUCAAACUAUAGUACAUCAAGCGGAACUAGCGCUGAUGCAGGUAAUGGAACCGCAAUGGAAUUGAGUGGUGAUGACAACAAGCUGAGUAACACUAAUGAGCCACAAGGAGAUGGGAAGAAGAAGAGAGGAAGGAAAGGGAUAAAGGAAGGGACAGCUGAUGGAGAAGAGCUGGGAGACUGCCUGAGGAUGAGAGGAAUAACAAUAAAUAAAAACAGCAGCAUAAAGGAAAUGAGGGAAUUUGUAAAGAAGAAUGGACUGGGAGAGUUGGUUAAAACAGCAGGAAAAGGAUUGAAGAAGGACACGAUCUACGAAAACAUAAAAGCAAUCAUACCAAAGUCAGCAAUAAUAACAGCAUCGGCAUCACCAUCAGACUACGGAGGGCAAUAUGAAGGAACUGAAGUAGAUGGGAUGAAGGAAGGGGCUCCCGGCGAGGAAGUGUAUCCAUUUGGAAUCAGUACGAGUGAGUCCCUGAUGAGAAAGGAACACCAAAGAGUAAUGGCGAGCACGGAAGUGGAACAGUUUAAGCUUAAGUACCUGACGAAGUUACCAAAGUCACUAUACCCAGAGAAGGAUCAGAAAAGAGUAACAAAAGAGGAGGAUUUGGGAGUGGAAACAGACGUGUACUACAGUGCCAGUUACGACCCACUGUUGAUGGAUGGAGUGAUAUAUGUGGAUGAUUGGAAGAAGUUGGAGUCAAUGGAGCCGCUUUUUAGAAGGGUUAAGUUGGUGGGAGUUGACAUAGAGACGACGGGGCUGGACUACAACAACAAUAAGAUAAGGCUGAUACAGAUAUCAUCGCCGAAUCAACCAACAGUGAUACUUGACCUCUUUAAAAUAAGAAACAACACAGUAGCGAGUGGCCCUGAGGUCACGAAGGUGUUCCACAACGGAAAGUUCGACAUUAACUUCCUGAGAGUGUACGGAUUCGAGUUCGGAGGAAAGAUCUUCGACACGAUGAUAGCGAGCAAGAUACUGGUGGCGAGCAGAUACAUAAGCUGUAAGCUGACGCACGUGUCAGAAAGGUACCUGAACAUCGUGCUCGACAAGACGCAGCAGUACUCAGACUGGUCGACGCUGCAGCUCUUCGAGGAGCAGCUGCUCUACUCAGCGAGAGACGCGUUCGUGCUGCUGCCGCUGUACGUGAUUCUGGAGCACCUGCUUAAGAUCAACAAGCUCUCGGACAUAGCGGAGGUGGAAAACAAGUGCAUCCUGGCGACCUCGGACAUGGAGUUGAACGGAAUCGAGGUGGACAAGAGGAAGCUGGAGGCGCUGCAGAAUGAGCUGAUGGAGGAACACACGCAAAUAUCGGACAAGAUGCACCAGCAGCUCGAGGAGGAGGACAUUAACCUGAACUCGCAGAAGCAGCUGCUCGAGAAGCUGCAGGAGCUGCGCAUCAUGGACAAGAGCAGGAGGAAGCUGAUAAGCGACACGAGCGAGGCGACGCUGAUAAGGAACGCCUCGAACCCGAUCAUAGCGACGCUGCGCGAGUACCGCAAGGCGAACAAGGCGCUGACGGCGUUCACGCAGAAGCUGCCGAACCACAUCAACGAGCAAACAAAUCGAAUAUACCCAAACUAUAAUCAGCUGGGCGCGGAAAGCGGCAGGUUCAGCUGCGACGGGCCGAACCUGCAGCAGGUGCCGAGGGAGAAGAAGUUCAGAGAGUGCUUCGUGGCCUCCAAGGGGAACAAGUUCGUGAUAGCGGACUUCUCGCAAAUCGAGUUGAGAAUAGCGGCGGAGAUAGCAAAUGACGCGAAGAUGAUACAGGCGUACCAGGAGCACGUGGACCUGCACUCGCUGACAGCAAGCAUACUGAAGAGCAAGAGCAUCGAGGAGGUGACGAAGGAGGAGAGGCAGCUGGCGAAGGCAGUUAACUUUGGACUGAUCUUCGGAAUGUCAGUGAACGGGCUGAGGAUGUACGCAGAGACGGGCUACAAGGUGAAGCUGUCGCAGCAGGAGUCGAAGGAGAUAUACACGUCCUUCUUCAACAACUUCAAGGGCAUCCUUAACUGGCACAACUCGGUGAAGAACAGCAAGCCGACGAUGGUGAGGACGCUGGGAAACAGGCUCUCGGUCUUCGACUCGUUCUCGUUCACGCGCUCACUCAACUACCCGGUCCAGGGCACGUCGGCGGACAUAACGAAGGAGACGAUGGCGCGGCUGGUGGACCUGGUGAAGCCGCUGGACGCGAAGAUAAUAAUAUGCAUCCACGACGAAAUAAUACUCGAGGUGCCGGAAAGGAACGCGCAGAAGGCGCUCGACAUGCUCAUCGACACGAUGGUGAAGUCGGGGGAGAAGUAUCUGAAAAAGGUGCCGGUGGAGGCAAUGGGCUCAAUAGGCGACUCAUGGGCAGACAAGGAGUAA